UAACGACCGUUACAGAGUCACAGGUAGACACAGUAUUAAGCAGUGUGUUGUCAUCGAUAGUAUUAUUCCGGAUCGCAACAGAAUUGAAGAUCUUAUACGAAAAUUUUUCCUAAAGUUGGAAAUCAAUGUUGUCGAGUUGGCGCUAAUACAAUGCAGUUAAUAUUUAAUCGAUAUUAAAAGAAGAGAAUUCUCGAUUAAAAUUGAACCAUAUAAUUUGCCAGUUCUAAACUUUACCUGAAUUUUGAAGCUUUAUCAAAGUAUUUUAGUUAGUCAUUUAAAAUACUUGUUGAUUCUUGGCAAAUAGAAAAAAUAUAGAAAGGAACAGAAGAAGCUAUAUUCAUAUAUUCAUAUGUAACACAUAUAAUAAAUUUAAUAAUUUAUCCUUCAAUUUAGUCAAUAGAUAUAUAUAUAUAGAGAGAUAUAUAUUUUUUAUACAUAUAUCAUAGAGUUGGAAUUUUGUCACAAUGCGUACAGCAUUAUUUGCGAUCAUCGUCGCUAACAUUGUGUGUGCUUUCGAUGCAUCAUUGUUUGAAGAUAAGUUAUUGAGCAGCAUAAAUAAAAAUAUAAAUAUAUUUACUAAACUAUCUACAGCGAUCGUAACAUAUGUAGAAUUAAAGGAUGUAUCUAGUCUAAAAGAACCAUCGUAUAUAAAUCAAUUGAUAUUAAAAAACAAAGCAUAUAGUAAUAUAAGUCUAAAAAUAAUAACGACUUUACUUGCAAAUGGCGCUGAAGAAGGAUCAACAGAAAAUGAAUUGAUGUCUUAUUUGAAUAUUACUGAUAAAGUGUCUUUAAACGAUAAAUACUUAUCUGCAUUUGCUUUCUUAAACAGUAUCAAAGACAACGAAUUAUAUGUAGAAACUGCAAUAUAUGUUCAAAACUCAGUUAAUUUAACAGCCGAUUUUUCAUCACUAUGCAUAAAUAAACUUCAUUGUUCAAUUUCAAAAGUAGAUUUUAGAAAUGACUUACAAGUUGUAGAAACUAUAAAUUUAUGGGUCAAAAAGACAACAAAUUAUGAGAUAUUUCACAUACUUACUCCAGAUACUAUUGACGUGGAUACAAAAAUUAUGUUGGUAAAUACUGUGUACUUUAAUAUUGGAUGGCUAAACUUGCCAAAAGCAGAAACAGUGGAACGCAUAUUUCAUAUUUCUCCAUUAAAAAUGUAUUUUGUUCCAAUAAUUAAAUUUGAAAAAUCGAUGUUUAGUUAUGGUGAAAUACCACAUUGGAAAUGCAAGUUCAUUGAAAUUCCAUCUUUGAAUGACAAAAUCACAAUGAUUAUAUUUUUGCCAAAUGAAGAGAUGGAAAUUGGGGACCUGGACUACCUGAUAGAAAAAUUUAACUUUAAAGCAUUUCAAUCAGUUAGAACGGCAUAUACAAACAAACUUGAGCAAGAUAUAGAAUUAUAUUUACCAAAGUUUACGAUUAAAUCUAUUCAAAAUAAGACAAAUUUUUUUCGUCGGAAAAACAUAAUUACGAUGUUUGAAGAUAAGGCGGAUUUUACACGUCUCUCAAAAAUUCCUUUAAAAGUGAGCAAUAUCGUUGAAAAGGUUUCCGUGAAGAUUCGCAAUGAAAUGUCGGAAACUUCAGAAGUUGUUAAAAGGAGAGAAAGAAAAUCGGUAGAUCAGCCGCAGGAGUUGAUCGUAGAUCGUCCGUUUAUAUAUAUAAUUGAAAUAAACGGAAAAAUGGAAUUUAUUGCAUCCGUGCGAGCACCAGACUUUAUAUUUAUAAGAGACGAAUUAUAAAUUCUAUUACAUUUUCUUAUGUUUGAAAGUUUAUAU